UGCGGGUUACAUUUUACGCGGUCACACUGGCAUGCCAGUGUUGACCAACUAGAAAAACAUAGACUCAUGAAUAUUCAACUUGCAUUGCGUAAUCGGGUUCUAACUUAUUAUUCAUGAGGUCGAUCAGUCUCAGAGUUGCUGUUUUGAGAGCGUCAGCUCAGCAGGCACAGUUCGUCUUCGUGUUUGUGUGUUAUUAUGUGAUUUAUGAGGUUUUGCUGUGUCCUUCAAAUAUGGAUAGGGUCCUGAUAUCAGUAAAACUAAUUCAAUCUCAGAAAUUGAGUAAAUGUGCAGAAAAUGCAACAGUAAUGACAGUGCAUAUCAACCCGUCGCAAAAUGGUGGCGAACUGCGGAGUGAGGUGGCUCGCCUAUCGGGGCAGUCCCCCGCUGAUAUCCGUCUGGUCUUCGCUGGAAAAUUGAUAGAUGACGUGCAAAUAAUGGAGGAUCUGAGGAUAUGUGAGAACACAAUGAUACAUGCUGUUCCUGCUCAGAGGAUUCAAUGUCACAGUGAUGGACCCAAGACGAUCAAAGAUGAAGGAGUCAAACCACAACCAGUGCAUGUUCUCAUGGAGUCGAGGAUAAUAGAUGAAGAUCAGAGAAGUCCUGAAACUCCUGAUGUUGAUCUUGCGUCAUCCCUUCAUCCUAGCUUCUAUGUGUAUUGUAAGAGUCAUUGCCGCUCAGUCCAGCCCGGCAAGCUCAGAGUAUGCUGUCAAACCUGCAAGGAUAAUGCUUUUAUUGUCAAAGAGGAUCCUGUAUGCUGGGAUGAUGUGAUUCUCUCUAAUAGGAUAUCAGGAAGCUGCCUUGUACCAGGAUGCCAAGGUCAAAAAGCUGAAUUCUUCUUCAAAUGUUCAUCCCAUGCAUCAUCAGUGAAUGAUCAAUUCACAGUCCUACCACUAGUAAAGACCAACACAAGAAGGGUUAUAUGCAUCACAUGUGCAGAUAUAUUAACAUCAGUAUUAGUCUUCCCAUGUUCAGCAUCUCAUGUGAUGUGUUUAGACUGUUUUAGACAGUACUGCAGAUUGUGUUUAGAUGAGAGGAGGUUCAUUCAGAGUCCUGAGCUAGGAUACACAUUACCAUGCCCAGCUGGAUGUGAAGAUUCUCUCAUCAAAGACACACAUCAUUUCCUGGUGCUGGGAAAAGAACAGUAUGCCCGAUACAAGAGAUUUGGUACUGAGGAGUAUCUUCUGAGUGAGGGUGGGGUCCUGUGCCCCUCCCCAGGGUGUGGGGCUGGUAUUCUACCAGAGUCUGAUGGUGAGAGCAGAGUGGAAUGCCUGCAGGAGGAAGGCUUUGGAUGCGGGUUUGUCUUCUGCCGGAACUGUCAUGAAGCUUACCACGAAGGGGAGUGCGGACAGAGGAUAGAAGAGCCUCAUGGUCAGAGAGGGUCGGGGUCAGAGGUCGACAUGGAGAGGGAGAGAAGAGCAAGAUGGGAGAGUGAGGAGAGUAAGCGAACCAUAGGAGAGACAAGUAAACCUUGUCCAAACUGUAAAGUGCCUGUAGAGAGAAAUGGGGGAUGCAUGCAUAUGAUAUGCAGUCGUACCCAGUGCAAGUAUGAGUGGUGUUGGAUAUGUGGUAUCGAGUGGAACAUGGGGUGUCUGGAAGAUCACUGGUUUGGUGCAGGAUUUCUAUUGUGACAUCACAAUGUGAAUGCAACAUUACCCAUUAUGAUAUACUUUAACUCUCUCCUGCUGUGCAAUGAAUCACAUCUCAUAUCAAUCGCUUCUGCUAUGUAUUAAGAAUUAUUUAAAAAUACAAAUACAAUUAUUCUUU